AUAAAUGUGUUAAAACAUUUUUUAUAUUUGUAUAGUGUUGUGUUACAAAGGGUUAAUGAAAGAAAGUGUUACUGCUUGACACUGCCUCUUUGCAAUCAUUACCGGUUUGGGUACAGUACGUGGACGACUUGAGGAAAUUGACUGAAAGGUUACUGCAGUGCAAAGACGCCCUCAGUUUCCUUAGCUGGUCAGCAGUUCAAGGAAACGCGCGCUUUUGUUUCAGGUUGUAAUUCGAGUGUUUUUCUGUAGGCUACCUAUACGGUUUCAGUAUGGACUUUUUCGCAAGAUCUUAAAGGGUCAAUAAUAGUUCAAUCAAUCAUGAUACUAAGGACCGUAAGUGGCGUUCUUACAGUGAGGAUUUUUCUAGCAAUCAUGGUGCAGCCUGUUGAGAACAUGGUGUACACUCUGCCAUACGCACCAGACUCUGACGGAUCCUGCCACAACAAAACAGCUGAAUACUAUAACGCAGAGGUAAACCUCUGCUGCAGCAAGUGUACUUCUGGGACACGCCGGAAAGAUCUAUGCAGCUCUACCUCAGACACGGCGUGUGAACCAUGUCCUAGAGGCCAGUACAGUGGGACCUUUAAUUACUUCGCAAAAUGCUUCAGAUGUCCCAAGUGUUCAGCAGACAAAGGCCUGAAGUAUGUCCAGAAGUGCUCCAGCACCACCAAGACUCAGUGUGCGUGCCAGACUGGGAUGUACUGCGUACUGAACCAACACCCGGACUGUGAGGAGUGUGCAAAUUUGACAUACUGCAAGCCUGGUUAUGGGGUCUCUGUAGAAGGUACCAUAGCUGGACAGGAGGCUGGGACAGCAGAGUCGGAUGUGGAAUGUGCAUCAUGCCCCGAUGGAACCUUCUCUGACCAGUACUCCUACACCCAGAUCUGCCAGCACCACACAGAUUGUCUGUCUCAGGGGAGGGACGUACUGACUUACGGUACAGCCACCACCGAUGCGGUGUGUGGACCGAAGGUAAACGGACGACUGGUCUCCAUCCUCCAAACCACCACACCUCCAAGCCCACCGACCACAAUGCCACCCUCUGGUAAAGGGCAUACCACAUCAAGUCUACAGAGCAUGGAUACGUCUACAGUUCCAACCACCCGAGGCUCAAAGCUGACAUCUAGUCCCUCUGAUCCACGGGUCAUCGCUCCAACGGAAGAAAAAUCACCAGGCAUUAACCUCUGGAUAGUUGCAGGUGCUAUCGGAGGUGCUAUGUUCCUGCUGCUGAUCGUAGGCACUGUCAUUUACAAGAAAGCCUUCACAAACUUCAUACGUGUAUCUUCUACAGAAGAUAUAAAUGGAAAUUCUGAGAAGGAGGCCAUUAAAUGUCUGCUGGGGAAAGGAGACUGCAGUAAUGUCGGUCAGGCAGAGACCCAGCAGGAUGCUAUUAAGACCUGGUCAGGCUCAGGGUGCUCCAACAGCCUGGAUGGCUUGUCAAUAAGCCCCGUCCAGUCCACCAUUCCACAGCCCAGCAUCCUGGCCAGCACCCCCCAGCCCAGCCCCCAAUCCACCAGCCCCCUGGCAUCUGUACCCCUAGUUAAUGUCAACAUCACUGUUACCUACCCUGUGAACAUAGGAAAUGAGUUAUGCUCCAGACCUACCAGCACCCAGAUAGACUCACCACAAGCUGACCCCGAGGCCCCUUUAUCAAGGGAGGAGGAGGUGUAUGUGAACAUGCCACAGCGAGAGGGUUGCAAAGAGGCACUUACGGCAGUACAGGAGUUUGGAAAUGAUGUAUGAGGACUGGAGGCAUAUAGGGGAGGGUUAGACAAUAGAUUGUGUUUUAGUGAUGCUUUUUUUUACUGUAACUGUUGUCUCUGUUGUUAUGUGGUUGCUACUUGAAGUACUGGUGGUGACUUUGUGUUGGUAGAGAGAGACCGAAUGACUGUUCAUGUGCCUCAGGUAGGAUUUCCCAAACUUUGCACGUUUUGCAUAAGUUAUACCCAGGGAGGGUCCCAGGACCGAGUUUUGGAAACCCUGAUAUAACGUGCUGUCUGUGCUGGAAAGUCUUGAACACCUGAUUUAGAUUGUCAGCGACUGUUUGAAGGAUUAUUGAUAAGUGAAUUAUGUGGUGCAUGUGAAUGUUGUUGUAAGGAUACUGUAAAUGUUACACGGCUCAAGGUAUCCCAAAAUCUUUUAUCAUAAGUAGGCAAUAUGGGUUUAUUUUCUCUUGUGUUUGUGGGUGGUUGUUCCAUGUAUAGUCAUUGUACUGUUCAGGACUGGUUUUCGUCGUUCUUUUGUUCAGUGUUCUUUUCUUUAAUAAAUCAAGAAGAUGAUUCACA